AUGGGUGCUGCUGGUUCCAAGCUUGAGAAGGCUCUAGGUGACCAAUUCCCGGAAGGAGAACGUUACUUCGGUCUUGAGAAUUUCGGCAACACUUGUUAUUGCAACAGCGUUUUGCAGGCACUAUACUUUUGUGUUCCGUUUCGGGAACAACUAUUGGAGUAUUAUGGAAAUAACAAAAGCAUAGGGGAUGUGGAGGAAAAUCUUUUGACAUGCUUAGCUGACUUAUUUUCACAGAUAAGUUCGCAGAAGAAGAAAACCGGUGUCAUUGCUCCCAAACGAUUUGUACAGAGGUUGAAAAAACAGAAUGAACUCUUUCGUAGCUAUAUGCAUCAGGAUGCCCAUGAAUUCUUGAACUUUUUGCUGAAUGAACUUGUUGACAUUCUGGAGAAAGAGGCUCAGGCGUCAAAGACUGAUCCAGAUACACCAGCACCUUCUGAAAAGAUUGCAAAUGGAUUCAAGAAUGGACAUGCUAAUGGACCUCAGAAAGAACCUUUAAUUACUUGGGUACACAAGAAUUUUCAGGGAAUACUCACCAACGAGACGAGGUGCUUGCAAUGUGAAACUGUGACAGCUAGGGACGAAACAUUUUUUGACCUGAGCCUUGAUAUUGAGCAAAACAGUUCAAUUACAAGCUGUUUGAAAAAUUUCAGUUCCACCGAGACUUUGAAUGCUGAGGACAAAUUUUUCUGUGACAAAUGCUGCAGUUUGCAAGAAGCUCAGAAGAGAAUGAAGAUAAAGAAACCGCCUCACAUUCUGGUCAUUCAUCUGAAGCGGUUUAAAUACAUGGAACAGCUUGGCCGGUACAAGAAGCUGUCUUACCGGGUUGUUUUUCCCCUUGAGCUGAAGUUGAGCAACACUGUUGAAGAUGCAGAUAAUGAGUAUUCUCUAUUUGCAGUAGUUGUUCAUGUUGGGAGUGGUCCCAACCAUGGGCAUUAUGUCAGCCUUGUGAAAAGUCAUAACCACUGGUUAUUUUUUGAUGACGAAAACGUGGAGAUGAUUGAUGAGUCUGCUGUGCAAACUUUCUUUGGAUCACCACAGGAAUAUUCAACGAAUACAGACCAUGGGUACAUUUUGUUCUAUGAGAGCCUUGGCUCUGAUAACAAUAACUAG